AUGGCUUUGACAGACUCUAAACUAGUGAAUAUACCGAUUGUGGAGAGUGAGGUUAUUCAGAAUUCAAAGUCUCCAAUAUUCCAUGCCGGUUAUAUGGCAGAAACAGAAGAGAAUGAGAUGGUAAAUGGCAGUGACUCUAGUAACAGCCCUCCAGGUUCUUCAAUUGAUGAUGAAUCAGACUCGCAAUCACCAAACUCAGCUGCGGACUCAGGUUCCCCCUCCACUAAGAAAAAGAGCAUGUCAUCCGGAUCUUUGACAUCCAGCUCCUCUUCAGGUGCUAUUUCUAAGAUGGUCCCUGUUACUGGUGAGAGACCAAGACCUGAGAAUACCGAGCCACCGCUGGAUGAUGAGGUCUUGCACGCUGUAUUUCUCAUCUUAUGGGAGCAAGAUUCUCAACAGCAGGGAAUGACUGUGAAGCAGAUUUGCGAUCUUUUAGUUGAGAUACAUCCUGAUAUAACGAAGCUUUCUACAAAACUGUCCAAUCUAGUGUCGGCAAAGCUUAACGCUUACGUAAAGAAAGUUGAAAAAGGCGAAAAAGCAUUAAAAUAUGCCUUAUCUAGGGAAUGGUCAGACGCUUCUCCCAGGAGAAUGGUGUAUGUCUAUAGAGGUAUCCUAGCUCCAGAAUACCAACAGCUUGCAAAGGCUGCCUCAGCGCGACAGAAGGCCAAACAACAGCAGUCUAAUCCAAGUGCAAAGCAAAAAAAAAUGACACCAUCUAGUUUAUCUUCACAGCAACAGCAGUCCCAACAGUCAAGCCAACUACAGCGGCCUCAGCAAAAUCUAGAUUUUAAUUCCACAUUAGUUGAUGCUAAAAAUGUGGGCACGUUCGCGCGUACUUUGGGUGUUAAUAACAACGGGUUUUCGAAUGGAAUAUAUGGUAAUUCUGAACUAAAUAUUCCAUAUGCAACAUCUCCAGUGUCUUUAGGAUUAGCUACCAAGCAGCCUAUAGUGUCACCUAACAAUUGCACUGUUUCUCAAAAUCCGAACAUGAAAAGGAUGAAGCCCAUAGCUCCUGAUGAUACUUCAAGAUCUAUGCCGUUUAAAAAGGCUAAAACUAACAAUUGGCCUAAAGGAAUUACUUCUGGAGCAAAAACCAAUAGUACACAAUCUAACGUAUUGCCUGCAGAUUCUUCAAAAGCCUAUAUUACAGCAGCAGCAGCAGCACCUAGACUAUCUAAAAUAGCGACACCUAAAGGCAUGGUAAGUGCUACAAGUACAAUCAGUGCAUCAUCCUCUAGCUUUAUACCCCCCACUUUUCCUUCAUUUUCGACACCAUCCUCAUCCAAUGUAAGCGCAGCAACUGUUAUUACUGCCAUUCAUAGAGCUGUUAUUACGCAGACGCCAAUCACAGUGAAAUUAAACAUGAGUCAGAAGUCUCAAAACCAAAAUAUUUGGAUUAAAACAAUCAGAGAUGGCUUUCUCGCUGAAGAAAUAGAUUCUCCAGAAUCUGUCACUGUUGAUCAAUUAGAUGAAAUGUUCGAUUGA